ACUUCUGUGUCAGCAGAAUCCUAUGAAUUAAAAGCCCUUUUUUGUGGCUACUGUACAUUUUUCUGUCACUCAAAACAUACAAAAUCAUAAUGUUAAGUCCAUAAUGUAUACUGAACCACAAUGUCCUCCUUGGUGGGUUAUUUAGCCUACAGAGAACAAGGAAUCUAUCCUCCAAGCUUUCUCAGUAGAGCGGAGACGGUGAAGAGGGCUUUUAGUUUGGGUCUCAGCAAAUACAAAGAUCUGGAAGAAGUUCAUAGAGGAGGCGUAACGUCUCUUGACAUUGAUCCGGCGGAAGGUAGAUUCCUUUUAUCUGGAAGUUCAAGUGGAGAGGUUGUCAUCCACGAUCUUCAUAAUACAACAGGAUCUCUAAAAUACACAUUCAAAUGUGUGGCACACGUAAAACGUCCCAUAGGGAGGGGCAGGCAGAAUGUGUCCACUCAUGCACACUCAGGGAGCGUGGAGACUGCACAGUGGUACCCUCUAGACACAGGCAUGUUCCUGACCAGUGGGAUGGAUUCAAAACUAAAAAUAUGGGAUGCAAAUGCAUUAGUUCCAGCAGACAGUUAUGAGUUUGACAGUAGUGUCUACUGUCAUGAUAUGUCACCAAUAGCAACUAAGCACACUCUGGUGGCCUGCGGAAUAAAAGGGCGCAUCAAGUUAAUUGACCUCAGAUCAGGCUCCGCCAGUCACACAUUGCAGGGGCAUAGGAGGACUGUGUAUACUCUGAAAUGGUCAACACGUGAGCCAUAUGUACUGGCCAGUGGAGGGGCAGACAGCAGAGUCUUGCUGUGGGACAUACGGAGUGCUAAAGGCAGCUUCAUGAAGUUAGAUCAACAUAAUGGAGCAUCACAAAGUGGAAGCUCUGAACAAACAUCUACAGCACACAGUGGUGCAGUUAACGGCAUGUGUUUCACCAGCGAUGGUCUCUUCCUUGUAACCUUUGGCACCGAUGAAAGGUUAAGACUUUGGAACACUUCAAAUGGGAAAAACACUAUGGUCAACUAUGGAAAGAUCAAUAAUGAGAAUGAGAAAUCAGUCCAAGUUGCCAUAUCAAAUUCUUGUGAUCCCACACUGGUCUAUGUCCCAGAGUUUGCUGAUGUGGCAGUGUAUGAUAUGUUCAGUGGAGAGCGCUAUCAUACUUUACGUGGGCACUAUCACCAGGUGACGUCCUGUGCCGUUCACCCCAAUACACAUGAUCUGUACUCGGGGUCCUUAGACAGGAAUAUAUUACAAUGGACAGCAGAUAGGGACUCUGUGGAAGAGGCUCUCUAUCAGCAUGAACAUCCAGGGAAAGAUGAUGGAGGUGAAGGAAAAACUGUUGGUAGAACUAGUCAAGUUAAUGCUGAUGAAUGGAGUAGUGAUGAGGAGGAGUUAAUUAAUGUGCCGCUAGAACAGUUUUUAUAGCAUUAAUAAGGUAGAAAUUAUGAUGGUGACAUUGCAGUUUGAUGAUACAGGAUAUUUUACCGACAUUUUGACGGGAACACUAUAUAUCUUUGUCAUUGGAAUGUGCUUGUCUUUUGAUGAAUUUUCCAUAUAUUUUGUAAGGGAUUGCAUCUAAAUGUAACAUUUUUCAUAUCGUGCAAAAUUUUUGUAUUGAUAUAUUUUAGAAACAGAUUGGAUUAGGCACGUCACAAAAACAGUGCAAAUCACUGAAAAUUCUCUACAAUGAUUAAUAAUGUUCUGUAGAUAUUUACCUUUAGAAAAUCUCAUAUUAGAUUGAACAAUAGUGUAUAACUGCACCAUGUUAACAUUGUGGACAAGUGCCGCCUAUAUGUUAAUAUAAUUAACAUUUUUUUAAAUUUGAAGAUUGAAAAUUGAUAAAUCAUCGUCAGAAGUAAAUAAGAUUUAAAAAACGAUCUCUACGGCCGCCAAAUAUUCUCUCACGACUUAAAUCAUGUCAGGAAUGUACUAAGUUGCUCUAUAUACAGGCAACGAAUUUAUAAACACUUCUUAAGUUAACAAUAGACAGUUAAUUUUGGUACUUGUAUGGCAUGAAGAUGAAACUGUCUUCAUGCAAACGCCAAAUCCCGCGAUUUCAGGGAAGUUGGCAAUGCUGUGUUACAGUAUUUAUCUUAAUGUCUAUUUUCCCUCAAACCAAACAGACCGAAGGGAGGUUAGUCUGUUUACCGACAUCAGCGGCAUUUCGAAACGCUCAUUAA